AUGAUUAUAAGGUCAGCUAUAAACGCCAUACGAAAAUCACCGACAUCUUUACUCAGGCAAUCAACAACAGUCACCCGUUCCUUCUCAUCCUCAAUAUCGGUCCUCAAUGAAUUCACCCCAACCACAGAAGAACAUUUUCAAUUUUUACAACGAACUACUGAAAAACCAUUAUUUUCACGAAAGACAUAUCUUAUAGAUAAUUAUAAACAUCUUAACGAUACCAAUCAAAUCUUGCUAUUUGUGCAUCAUAAUAAUUUAAAUAAAGCCGAAAACAAGAAAAUCAGACAAGAUUUGACAAAAGUUGGGGCCAACUUAACAAUGUUGAAAAACACCCUUUAUCAAACAUAUCUUAAAUCAUCACAUGAACAAGACCCAGCCUCAGCAGGGAUGACACAUCGAAACAAAAAAGUGACACAUCCAUUAUUACCGUUAUUUGUCGGUCCCACCGCUUGUAUAAGUGUACCCGAAUGUGAACCGUUUAAAGUACAACAAAUACUCAAAUUAUUGAAAAAUAUGAAUGAGAAGUUGAUUGUUGUUGGUGCUAAAGUUGAAAAAUCAUUUAUGAAUAGAUUACAAGUUGAUGAGUUUAAGAAUUUACCUAAUAAACAAGGAUUACAAGGUCAAUUGGUUGGAUUGUUGACAAUGUUGGGUGGUGUUGGAUUAGUCAGAACUUUGGAGACUCCUGGUCAUAUGGUUUAUUUGACUAUGGAACAAAGAGCUAAAGAUCUUGAUCCAAGUAAAGAGGAAUAA